AUGCCACUAAAGCGCAGGUGGAGACCGGUCUGGGGAGGAGGUAGGUGGCAGACUCUGGCAGACGAGUGGGGAGGAGACGUGGGGAGGAGGUAUGGAGGAAACAUGGUCCUUCUGGAUCCCUUCUGGGCAUGUAUGUUCGCGAAUGUGGACAGCGUCACCAAAGCGGCCUCGCGCUUGCGGAGGAAGUACGGAGACGACGAGGAGGCGUUGCAACGGGUGGAGACGGCCAAUCUUUGGAUUAUGACGAAGCUGAUGUCCGAGAAGGAGGAGGCGCUCAAUGCCAAGCAGCAGGCGAACCGCUUGCGGGAGCUCGGCGAUUCCCCCCGCAGGCUCUUCCAGAAGUAUGUGGCCGGCUACAUCCCUCCCGGUGUGCGGCGCAUGAUCGAGCCUCCAAAUACCAAGCACUUCCGCUGGUCGAGCGGACUGCUGGGCGCUUUUGCGCUCAUGGGCCUCUGCGUGCCCACGCAAGCGACGAACUUCAUUGGCCUGGCGGCGGCUUCGGCCAUGGGCCUCGUCUACCAGCGCAACCGACCUGAACCGGUGCGGGACGACAUGGGCAACAUCGGCGCCGUCCAGAAGCCCAACGCCAAAGAGAUGGGUGCGUCCAUUGCGUUGGUGUUGGUGGGGGCCCUGCUGGGCGCUGGGAUGUCCUUGUUGAUCUCCUCGAUGCUGCAGACGGAGUUCCAGGCGUACUUCUGUGCGACGACGUGCUUCGUGCUGUGGCUUUUGGCCCUUUUCUUCAAGGUCUACCAAUGCUUCGACUCAUGA